UGUCCAGAAACCACGGAAGUAUCAAGGUCAGGUUAUACACAACUAUAUUUCUUCAGACAGACUACUUCGUGCUGUCACCUGCCUGCCAGAAAAAACGAGCGAUUUUGCUAUUAAACUGAAAGCAUCUUGCCCAAAAUCAGUAUUCUGUUUCUUUGAGAAGUAAGUUCAAGUAUCUGCUCUAUACUAACAAGAGCAUCCCAUGGCCAAGAGAGUUGCAGUGAUGGGAGCUGGGGUGAGCAGCCUGUCUCGUAUCAAAUGCUGCUUGGAUGAGGACCUGGAGCCCACCUGCUUUGAGAGAAGUGACGACUUUGGGGGACUAUGGAAGUUUACUGAAGAUUCCAAAGAUGGGAUGACCAGGGUCUACAGAUCAUUAGUGACAAAUGUCUGCAAGGAAAUGUCAUGUUAUAGUGAUUUUCCAUUCCAAGAAGAUUACCCCAAUUUUAUGAGCCAUGGGAAAUUUUGGGAUUAUCUCCAAGCAUUUGCUAAGCACUUUGAUCUCCUCAAAUACAUUUCGUUUAAGACAACAGUGUGUAGCGUAACCAAGUGUCCGGACUUCUCUGAAAAUGGGCAGUGGGAUGUUGUCACAGAGACAGAGGGCAAGCAGAACAGAGCUGUCUUUGAUGCUGUCAUGGUUUGCACUGGACAUUUCCUGAAUCCACAUUUACCUUUAGAGUCCUUUCCUGGAGUCCAUAACUUUCAAGGGCAGAUCCUGCACAGCCAAGAGUACAGGACCCCAGAAGCCUUCCAGGGCAAGCGUGUCUUGGUGAUUGGCCUUGGGAACACAGGAGGGGACAUCGCAGUGGAGCUCAGUCGAACAGCAGCUCAGGUAUUUCUUAGUACUAGGACUGGCACCUGGGUUUACAGCCGCUCUUCAGUUGGGGGCUACCCUCGAAAUAUGAUGUCAACAAGAAGAUGCAAUAAUUUGAUUGCACAAGUUGUGCCUUCAUGUUUCCUAAACUGGAUUCAAGAGAGGCAAAUGAAUAAAAGAUUUAACCAUGAGAAUUAUGGAUUAAGUAUUACAAAGGGGAAAAAGAAGAAAGCUAUUGUGAAUGAUGAGCUGCCAACCUGUAUUCUCUGUGGGACAAUCACUGUGAAAACCAGCGUGAAGGAGUUCACAGAGACCUCUGCUGUCUUUGAAGAUGGGACAGUGGAAACAAACAUGGACACUGUCAUCUUCGCUACAGGAUAUACAUUUUCUUUUCCCUUUCUUGAAGAACCUCUCAAAAGUCUUUGUUCAAAAAAGAUGUUCCUAUACAAGCGGGUCUUCCCUCAAAACCUAGAAAAAACAACCUUCGCAGUCAUUGGCCUAAUCAGUCUCACUGGGUCCAUCUUAGCAGCCACGGAGCUCCAAGCACGGUGGGCCACAAGAGUCUUCAAAGGACUCUGUAAGAUACCUCCAACCCAGAAAUUGAUGGCUGAGGUGAUUAGAAAGCAGCAGCUCAUUAAAAGACCACUUGCAAAUACUGUCAGCUACUACCUUCCAAAUAAAUCCAGAAUUCAAACACUUCUCAUGACCCCGCUGCUAUCACCUGAGACUGGGCUAUUCAGAAUCUUGUCUGUCUCCCACUUUCCACUCUGCCCUCUGGCACAACCACAAGGGCAAGCUGCACCAUGCCGCUCCCUGUUCGAAGACCUGCAGUUGCAUCGCGUUCUCUCUCAGAAGCCUUCUCCAGCCUCCACAAUUCACCGGGGAACCAAGCCUCUGUGUGCCCACAUCACCCUCCUUGCCUGCUGUUCUCCACUCACCCACACUGCCUCAGGGGCUCCAGCCUCCUUGCUGUUCCUCACUCAGGCCAAGCACCACCCUUAGGGCCUCUGCACUCGCAUGCUCACACUCUUCAAACCACACACCUGGGAGAGGCUUUUCUUGACAACCCCAGUGACCUGCCUUUACAUCUCUCAUCAUACCUGAUGUAUUGAUCACCUGGUGUAUAUCUAUUUGGGCUUUUCAGAGUCUGUUGCUUUCCCCCAUUAAAUUCUGACAGCAAGGAUGACUCUGCUUUGUUCACUGUUGGAACCUGUGCCUAGAAUGACCUCAAAUAUUUUGUUUGUUCCUUUAUUUAUUGAAUGACUUUAAGAUACCAAGAAAAUUUACUAAGAGAUAUAGUUAUGAAUAAAGGCUUCACAUACACUAUGCUCAUAUCUGUGUCGAUCUUAGUCCUACCAAGUAUGGAUUGAUUCAAAAUUAAUACCAGGUGCAAAAUGCAGGUGUCCCCAUGUGUGGUGCUUUCUGAUCCAGUUCAUUUAUCAACAACUUCUGUAUUUGGAUUGAGCAAAUUUAAUCAUCUCAAAUUUAAAAACUGAAAGUUUCUCUUCCAAUUGUCUCUUUUACUACCUCCUUUCACGAAUUAAUUCCUCUCAUAUACACCAUCUGUAGGUGAUUCCUUCUUUUUUCUUCCCAGCCCAAAAUCACAUUCCCAAACAUGGUUUGAUUGUGAAGAUCGAGUAACACAAUGGUGGGGAAGGGUGGAUCUUAUAACUUAAGAAACGCAGGGCAGGGAGCGAUUGACAAAAGUCA